GGGCGCGCAUGCGCAGAAAAGCAGCGGAGUUUCAAGAUGGCGUCGAGCGCAGCGACUCGUACCGCCGCCGCCGCUAAAGCCGUCAAACCGAUCUUUAGCCGGGACCUGCAGGAGGCCAGACGGAGGGUUCGAGAACUGUACCGGGCCUGGUACCGAGAGGUGCCGAACACAGUUCAUACCUUUCAGCUGGAUAUAUCUGCACGUCAAGGCCGAGACAAAGUAAGAGAGAUGUUCAACAAAAACAAACACGUGACGGACCCCCGAGUCAUUGACAUGCUGGUCAUUAAGGGAAAGAUGGAGCUGGAGGAGACGGUUAACGUCUGGAAGCAGAAGACUCACAUCAUGCGUUUCUUCCACGAGACUGACGCACCGCGUCCUACUGAUUUCCUUUCUAAAUUUUACCAUGGACAUGACCCCUGACCUCAUAACUCAUGUGUAUUGUAAUUUUCUGAUUUUUCUGUAAAUACACUCGUGCUAAAAUCCA